UCCCUUGAGUUUGUCGUCAGCAUCAGUGAUGUGAGCAGUCUGGAAAUGGAUGAGAUUGCUGAUCCUAUGAGGAUGGAAGCUGGUGACGCAACGUUGGCUAAUCACAACUUGAUAUUCAAGGCCUUUCCUCUACAACAGACUGCUAUUCCAGGGGAUCAGCUUUCACUGUCUGAUGACAAGUUUUUACCAAAUAAGUUUGGCAGUUUGGAGAGAUCUUUUACAUGCUCUGCGGGAAGUGCAUCAUGCAAUCCAAGUUACUACUCAGAAGUUCCAUCCUCUGAGAGUUACCGGGUGUCGGGAGAAUUGAGAAUGUUGGGACCAAGUGCCAACGGACAGUGGAGGGGUUUGGUACCCACCCUGGGUUCUAUGUUACAGAAACCUAGAGUGAGUCGAAACUUGUAUCUCGACACUCGCAAAACUCCAAGUGGAAUGUCAAAUAGUUUUGUAGGGAAGUCAAACCAUCAUUGCCACAUAUCUGCCUAUGAAAAAACGUUUCCAAUCAAGCCCGUUACAAGUCCCUCAUGCCGUCGCAGCCUGCUGAGCCCCAAGAAAACCCAGAGGAGAUUUGUCAGCACUGCAGAAGAGACAGUUCGAGAGGAAGAGCGAGAGAUCUACAGGCAGCUGCUUCAGGUGGUCACAGGAAAACAGUUCUCAACAUCCAAGCCAGCCUCGCCUUUCCUCCACCUGUCCAGAUGUUUGAGUUCCAGUAAAAACGUAGUGAAAGAAACCCCAUGCAAGAAUGCAAAACCAUUUGAAAUGUACAGCCUCGCUCCAGGUUGCCAGUCAGCUAGUGUUCUGGGAACACAGGAGCAGCCAUCACACAAGCCACCACCGUACCCUGUAUCCAGUUAUCCAUCAAAUGUAACUUUUGAGUCCGAUAAUACCAGCACUCAGCAUCAGCAAGAUAAUCUACCAGCAUCCAACGCCCAGUCUGAAGGAUCCGACUCAGUCAUUGUGCUCAAGGUAAAAGAUUCCAGAACUCCGACUCCAAGCCUUCCUUUCUUCCAAGCAGAACUGUGGAUCAAAGAAUUAACCAGCGUCUACGAUUCACGAGCUCGGGAGAGAUGGCGUCAAAUAGAAGAGCAGAAAGCUUUGGCGUUGCAGCUGCAGAGCCAGAGAUUGCAGGAGCAAGAACACUUGAUACAGGAUCCAGUGGAUUUGAAUCUUCGAGUGCCUCUUGAGAAAGAGAUCCCUGUCACAGUUCUCCCAGAAGAGAAAGAGAAUGCUAAAUCAGCUGAUAAUGAAGAGGAAUUCCCUGAAAUCACAGAGGAAAUGGAGAAGGAAAUCAAGAGCGUAUUCCGCAGUGGAAACCAGGAUGAGAUCCUGAGCGAAGCUUUUCGGUUAACGAUAACCCGGAAAGAUAUUCAGACUUUGAACAACCUGAACUGGCUUAAUGAUGAGAUAAUUAAUUUCUACAUGAAUUUGCUGAUGGAACGAAGCAAAGAGAAGGGGUUGCCAACAGUUCAUGCAUUUAAUACCUUCUUUUUUACCAAAUUAAAAACUGCUGGGUACCAAGCAGUGAAACGGUGGACAAAAAAGGUGGAUGUUUUCUCUGUGGAUGUUCUCUUGGUGCCUAUUCAUCUUGGAGUCCAUUGGUGCCUAGCCGUUAUAGACUUCAGGAAGAAAACCAUCACCUAUUACGAUUCUAUGGGUGGAAUAAACAACGAAGCCUGCAGGAUACUGUUGAGGCUUUUUUGGUUGAAUGCACUGGGAGGAUCACACCGGGAAGAGGGGACGGAGGUCCUAUUCAUGGAAAUCCCUCAACAAAUGAAUGGCAGCGACUGUGGAAUGUUUGCCUGCAAAUAUGCUGACUGCAUUACCAAAGACAGACCGAUCAAUUUCACUCAGCAACACAUGCCCUACUUCCGCAAGCGGAUGGCCUGGGAGAUCCUCCAUCGCAAGCUGUUAUGAUGACACUGUGCCAAAAGCUGGAUCCUUGAGAGAUUCUGUCAAAAGCGUCCAGACUCGCCCCUCUCAGCAAUCAGCAAUCUCCACUCCAACAGACAUGGGACUUGCACUGGUUUCCAAUCAAAGAAAUCUUAAAUGACUCAGUAUGAGUUUUUAUGAACUCUGCUCAUGGACCAGUGCAUGAUGGGAACUGUCAGAAGCACACUCGCCUUGGGUUUUUUUUUGUGUUUUGAAACCUAUUUUUACAAUCCAGUGGACAACUUUGGACAUUCAAGGAAUUUAUUUUCUGCUUCUAGAAUCUCUCGCUGUCAGUUCCACAGAGCUGAUUGCUCUACACUUUCAGGUUUCUAGAUUUCAGGGAAGGGGAAAGCAAUUACAUGGGUUUCAGCAUUCCCACUGUGAGCAGAAGAACCUAACUCUUAAACUUCGUGGUGGGUGGGGUGGGAUUUUAUGUAAUGGGCAUACUUGGGGAUGGAAGCUUUGUGGGCUGUUAGGUACCGGCACAUAGGAAGCAGCUGCUCUGUUGAUUGCCAGCAAAUGGGUAUGCUUGCAGCUGGUAGAAACUGGACAGGAAAACGCAAGCCCUUUGAGUUGAUGGUCAGAAAUGGUGAUUCUAACAAGGACUCAUUGGUCCUUUGUAUCUAUUCUGCUAGUGACCCUUCUGCUCUCUUUCAAAGCCAGCAUUUUUUCCCCCUAAUGGCAAGCUCAGCCGACGGUCCCCUGAAAUCAAUGCCUACCUAUCAGUCGUGCCCAUGGUGCCUGAGACAGAAUAGGACAUGGCGCUUGCUUCUUGUAGAGCUGACAGGAAAACUACAAGCAUGGGAUAGUUUCUUUUGCGAGCAAAUUUUUAAGCAGCCAGGAGUGAGAUGAUCCAUGGGGCUGGAUUUGCUUGGGUCAGGUGCCACUUCUACAGCAUCAUUUUUCUGACCAAGGAAAAUAAGUCUCCCAAUUUUUAACAUAAAGUGUUGUUUAUGGAAUUCAGGUACACAUACAACUUCUUGUAGAUUAGGACAAGCGUACGGAGUAUGAUUAAUUGUUUCUUAUAUUUAUAUUUGACAAGUGUUUCCCAGAGCAACGAAGAACAAACAAUUUAAUAUGUAUCUUGUUCAGCAGCUGUCCUCUUGCUUCCUUGAUUUUUAAAGUCCUACCAAGAGACAAUGGAUUUGAUUCUCGCCAGUCACCUUCAUUCAGGGCAUGCAUUUACAGCUGAGCAGUGUGGGUGUGAAACACCCCGUAUCUGAACUCUUCCCCCCACUGCUUGGUAACAUUUUGCCUAGGUAUAAAUGAUGACACAAGGUGCGAGGCCGUGGUGUUGGAUCCAGGCUCUGGAUUGAGGUUAAAACGUGCUUCCAGAGGCAUCAUUUUUAGGUACAUUCAGGCUGAGAUUUUCAAAGGAACCUAAGGGAAUUAGGCACCAAAAUCCCAUUGAUGUUCAGUGAGGAAUUAGAAGUAAAAUUUUUAGAAGCACUUAAGCCUGUUGAAAGUCAAUGGGAUGUAGGCAUUUAAGUCAUUUUAGGUAUUUCUGAAAACUUUUCCCUGGGUGUUUGACUCCCUUAUCAUUUGAAAAUCCCAGCCUUUGUUUUUGCUGAUGCAUUCAGCUGUCUAAUUUAUUAUGAAGCCUGGUGUUUUUGUUUUUUGGGGGGUGGUGGGGGUCAGGGUGUGUGUGUGUGUGGAGGGGAUGUUUGACUACAAUUUCCCAAACAACCAAGCCUAGUUUCUCCAAUUUAUGUAUCUUUUUAAUUAUCAAGUAAAGAAUUCAAUAAUGUGCUUUUGUAUUUUGUCUCCAAAUAGGGAAUAUUUUUUACAUUUUUUCUGUACCCGUAUAAGCAGUAGUUUUGUACAAAAUGUCCCCACAACUAGGUUGUGUUCUUCAUAGACUGGUUUGUAAAUUCCUUUGUCUGUGUGUGUUUUAUACCAAGCUCAUUUAGUACCUUUUUUAUCUUUUACUGCAAGUAAAGAUCUGAAACCUGAAACUGUAUUUUUUGUAAUGUUACAUUGUUAAACUGUCUGUAAAAGUGUCUAUCCUAAUAACCGAGGGACUCCAACAUUGUUUCUCUAACAAACUGUUCAUAUAGAUGGAUGGCAAAUUUACUUAAUACAUUUUUUUUGUAUUUUGAAAUAAAUAUCACUUUCAAUAAGCUGUC